AUAAAAUUGAGUUCUUCUGCAUCUUUUUUCGAACUGCAUUUUAGGUUCAUAAUAAUUUGCAAAAUGGAAGGUAUUAUUGUUAGAAGUGUCAUUCCAUCAGACAACAGCUGCCUUUUCAAUGCUGUUGGGUAUGUUAUGGACCAUGACAAGACAAAAGCUCCAGAAUUGAGACAAGUUAUGGCAGCAACAGUGUCAAGUGAUCCAACAAAAUAUUCCAAGGCGUUUCUCGGAAAGCCAAAUGCAGAGUAUUGUGCAUGGAUUCUUGAUUCGGACAAGUGGGGAGGCGCCAUUGAGCUUUUAAUAUUAACAUUAUUAUGGCCGUGA